AUGCGUAUCGAGGUGAAGUUCGCCAGACGGACGAUAGUUAUAUGUCUUGAUGACGGUCCUCCGCCACCGCUGCUGCGGGAUCUCAAACAGGAACUUUACACCCAAACAGGUGUACAACCAGCAAUGCAGAAACUCUUAGGGAAACCUAAGCUGAAUAACCCAGCCAACGACAGCGCAUCGCUUGAUAGCCUUGGUGUGGGAGACAUAACAAAACUCAUGCUUGUUGGUUCUACAGCUAAAGACAUUGUCGCUGCUAACUCUGCUUCAACCGCCGAGGAUAGGCGUCAAGAGGAGGUGCAUGGGCAAAUGCUGCACAAUGUUGUGCGUAACACAUGGUUGACUUGCUCCUUUUCGGGUUUCAUGGCGGAUCCGUAUGUGGGUGGUAAGGGACCGGACUUUGAACACGGCACGGUAGAGGCCGCGCUGUUACUGCUUGAUGUGGCGGUAACUCGCAUUAAUACACUUGGUGUUAACAGCAUGGCGAGUAAUGGGGCUGGUGACGGUAGCACUGGAGGUCCUGUGGGUCUUCAGCUGCUGCAGACGAUAGGCACUGAGGGACAAUCUGCGAUAUCACAUCCACUCCUGCGUCACCUAAACGCUCUGGAACGACAAGCCAUACAGAGAGCUCAUGGUGUGUUGCGCCGCUGCUUUCAUUUGACUGUGAUGGCGAAAAGCGCGGUGAACCCACCAGAGGUGGUUAAGGUAGUGGCAAAGGUAGUGUCUAUAGUUAACGGCCUAAGUGUCGGGGAAUGGGUGAUGUUGCCAGGUGGGUGGACGGGGAUGAAAUCCCAUACUGUCAUUUACCUCUUAAUCCAGCGUGAGUCAGCGGAGGAAUUUAAUGUCGUUGUAGUGAACCGCGCCGCGGAUGGAAGCGAAUAUCAUCCAUCGUGGCAGACACGAGAAAAAAUUGUGGCUUGUCCUUUCUUGCGUUUUGAUCAUGUGGCGGGGGCACGGCUGCUUGACCGUGCCUUCUGGUUGUUGUUACUUUCUCUUUGGAUGAGAAGCAACGCACCCGGUCCACGUUCGGAGUUUGUGCGGGCGGAGGUGUUUUAUGAUGUUCUACUUCCGUGGCUGGUGGAGCGCCCACCGACUAGAAGCAACCGCCAGAGCAGUACGGUCAGUAGUGGUUCACUGCGUUCCGCUACAGAGAUGAUUUUAAGAUCCUCUUCAAAUGAGGGCGUAGACGCAGCAGAGGCUGAGGGAAGCGGCAGCCAGACAACCCUUCCCAGCGCUGUUCAAAGCUACGGGGCCACUGUGGCACGCAAUUGCUCUGGAAGUAUUAAGGGAGCAGUCACGUCACUUUUAUAUCUUCUCGAGCAGUAUGGCAUGAAGGAGAGGGCUGUGCAAAAAUCUGUGAAGUAUGCACUAAAGUAUGAAUUUAUGAUGAGGGCGGCAGAGGAUUUGGCUGCCCUCGCCGACCGCUUUCUUAAGAGUGCUGGAAACUGGGAGGGUAGCGAUACCGGCGAAAGGCAAGGUCUAACGACCGAUAAGAAUUUCGAAUGUUCACGCGUUGAGCGGGCUUUGAAUGAGUUGCGUUCGGCUGGCGUAGGUCAUACGGUGUCACCUAUCAGCACCAAGGAAUUAUUCCGCACUGCACACGAGAAAAAUAUAAUAUUUACGAACGACAAGAACAUUAUUCUGAGCCAGGAACAUUUCUCAAACAAACCACUUCUUGUCUACUGCGGAGGGCUGCAGGACCCCGCCUCGGCCAGGUUUUCCACACUCCUCGCUGAAGCGGUCGAUCAGUUCCGCCUCUCCUCACCUCAGGUCGAGCUGUUGUUUCUCAGCUGUGAUGACACAAAAGAGAGGUACGAGCGGCACAUCGCCAUGUUUUCGUUCGCUCGUGCCGCUUACCCCUGCGAUGUGCUCGUGAGGAAAUUGUACGUAACAGAAGUUCCCAAAUUGUUGCUUUUUGGGCCGGAUGGUCGGCUGCUGCACCGGCGCGGUGUCGACGCACUCCGUGCCGAUCCGUCAGCAACGUUGUUUCCGCAUGGUGGCUUGUGGAACGGCGCGAUGCCGUUGACUGCAACAGACGUCGCUAUUCUGAAAAGCGGUGCUGCUGUGCUCGCUCACCACACACGGAAGCGGCUUGCCAUAACCAACAGCGCGAUUUCUGAGAGGGAUGGCUUCAUUCCAGUUGGUGAAGCCAGACGCGUGUUACGGAUUCUUUCUGCGGUGUGCACCAUGGUGGAGCUGAUUCCGAAGGAACCAAACAUAGCGGAGGGCUUUUUAAUACAGAACACGACAAAAAAUGAUGUACAUAAUAACAUGAUUGAGGGUGUUGCUACUCCCCAGACUCAGAAGGACGCUGCUCUGGUUGGCCAACUGUUCACUCUGUCAGAUAUUGUUGAAGGGAAUAAUAGUGGCGGUGGAGACAGCAGCGGCUGUGGUGGAAGUUGCGGUCGCCAUGAGUGCGGGGUGCCGAUGGAGGCGGUUGCAUUUCUUAACGGGAGCCUCUUGCCUGCAACAUCAACAGAGGCGUACAAAGGUCAGCCGCUCCGAACAGCCGUUCCCGAGGUGCAAAGCCUUACCGACCUGAGGCCCGUUACAAGUUGGGCGCAGCUCCAUUUCACGUUGAAGCGUGCGGAGGCCAUCAUUGACGCUUUAUGGUUGCGGGCACGCCACAGCGGUACCACCUCGCGCGUAGCGAUUCAAAUGCACAUUAUUGAGGUUAUUUCUUGGCUCUUUUUGUUUAUUAUACCACUUCCGCUACCUCGCGGUAUGGACGUGCGCAGCGUGCCCGAAGAAGAGAGGAGUACAGUUGCUGAGUUUUAUACAGUGGACGCCUUCCCAUCGGCACCAACAGGGGAUGGCUCCGGCGCGAACGGUGGUCGUGCAACAGAUGUGCAGGGUGGAUUGCAGGAGUCCAUCUAUUCGCUCAUGCUUUCGUUCACUAACGCCUGGCAGGCGGUUGAGGUGCCGACACGUGCUUUUGAUGCUGAGCGAGGCAUAACGGCAAUGGAAAUGCUUGUCGUAUAUGAUGCGGUUGCUCGGCACACCGCAAAUAGUGCCAGUAGUGUUAAUAGUAGAUUACUUGCUUCAAUGUUAAACUGCGACGGCGGUUACUAUCUUUCGACUUCCAUGGGGGGGCGGAGUCUUAGUUUUGCUCAGGUAAGCGCUUCCAUGGAGCUGGUUCGGCCGCAGAUGUUGAUUCGGCGGUCUGCCCUCCUGCGGUACAUAACGGAACAACAGCGAAGGUGCGCACAUGAAUUGUUUGACCUCCCUAUGACAGAUAAGUUAGAGGUGCGGAAAAACAGCGUCACAGUGGGGUUCCUUCGUAAGUUGCUUGACAACUGCGGAUAUCGUCUGGCGGAAACGAGUGGUCCGUCGAUGUUCACAGCUGCUGGUGGUAGCGGGGGAAGUGAGAUGGAACAGUUAAUGCAGUGGUUUUGUAGUGCACGGAGUCCGCUCGCGAGAGAUCAUCCAGAGUUUGGUCAGCUUCGGGACAUGGUGCUGCUUACCAAGUUCCUUGUCACUAUGGAGAUGCGCGACGCACAGUUGCUUAGACGCCGCCGUCAGCCCGACGGGGAUGGUGGUGGAAGGGGCGCGACGACGUGGCGGCUUACAUUUGAUGCGGACACGCCAGGAUCGCAAAUGAGUGCUGGUUGGCGUACGAAGCCAAUGCCACCGCACUGGGAGUGUAUGCUCGUGCGUGGUCGUGACAGUGACAUAGCAGAUAUUGUUGUGACUGGGUUCGGAGGUCGUGAACUUUUAUAUGGUGAGGGUUUGGUGCUCCAUUCCCCGAUUGACGUUGGCGUCAUGCUGGGGAUUGAAAGCGCAACGGAGGACGAUGUGUUACACGCGGUUGCUUCAAAGUUGCCCACAUUUGGAGGUGCGAUGAGCGCUGAAGAGUCCGAGGUUCUACUUUCAUGCCUCACCGCACCGUAUCUCAGACUACCACUCGUACUGAAUUUCUUUGCUUCACAAAGCCACCACACAUAUCUCUUUAAUGCGGCGGUGCAGAGCCUCUUUCGAGCGGCUCUUUUUGAACCUGGGGCAUUUACCACUCAGCAGCAGCAGAGCCAGUUAGAGCCAGAGCUUGUGCCGAUGCGACUGAACAGGAGGCAACGUGAGGAAAUUGAGCAAAGGCGACUCAUCGGAGACCUUUCGGCUGUGAACUAUGAAGCGUGCCUCGGCACGCCAUAUGGACUUCUAUUGAAUGAGUUGCAGCACAGCCCAGAUGCCGUGUUGGUUCCUUUGCACCGUAUUCUUGUGGGUAUAGAAGAUAUUGGACCAUCCUCUGUUUACAGCGCCAACGCUUCCUACGUGCUCUUCAUUGUUGGUGUUGUGUGCGAUGUGCUCGCGUUUUGCAACCUUGCGCGGGAAUUGCGGGAUCGAGAGCUUUCCGGCGACGGAGCGGCACCAGGGGCGGUGAGAGAUGUGCUCACAUCCUUCGUUACAACUGUGCUUCAGUUUCUUGUCGAAAUUGUUAGACCUAUGUUGUUACUGUGGUGCACGGAGGGUGAAGAGAAUGACGACACACCAACACAAUGCGUUGUUCACAGCUAUAUGGCCUCCAUACAUCGUGCUGCAUGGAAAUAUAUAGUGCCAACGACCUCAUCAAACUCACCGUUAUCACCGACGGCCCUUUCGUCAUCGAAUCACUUAACUUCCCUGCUACAGUCGUGUUGUUUCGUUCGAGCGCGGCACAGCUUUGGCCUGGGGAUGCAACGCACGCAGGUUGCGAUGCAGGAGGGUGACAAGCUGCUGACACCAAGGGAACAGUUGUUGCGUUUCCUGCAGGCACAGGGACUUGAUACGGCGGAUAUUUCACAUGAUGCACUUGAAGAGAGCCAGCGGCUUAUGUUGAGUGGGGGGCGUAGGCGAGCUGUUUUUGUGCAAAUCCGUAGCGCAUACCACAGGGACACCAUUCGAGUACCGAAUUUAUACCGCAGUGACGCACGCAAUACGACCGAGUCCAAGCAGCUAAAACUACCACCAGCAGAUGUGCCCGAGAAUGUUAUAUUCGGCUACUUGUUGGAGGACCACAAGGACGUGUUGCAUUUCUUUUCUUCUAUUGGUGCCGAACAGAUGUCAGUUGUGUUUAAACUCAUUGUUCACACUGUCCUUCGUGAUCAUACCCAGGGACGUGGUAGCCGGCGCAUGGAAGAGAAGAAAGUACGCAGUAACAAUUGCGAAAAUGCGGUUGGCACUGAAGGCAACGCGGAAGUAAGUGGGGGCAUUGCGCCAACACCAACGUUCCCUCGCCAUGGUACCAAAAAUGAAGUUGUGCCACAGCCGGUAAAUGAGGAUCAUGCGGAACUUUCCGCGGUUUCUGUGGUCCGUGGAGGCGAUGGCCACUUGGGUGAAUCAUGGAAACAGACUUCACCGGGUGUGUACCGCGGGCCAGUGUCAACAGGUCUUGUUUUUCAUGCCCAUACGUGCGAACUCUUUUGGCGGAAUGACGAGCUGAAGCCCGUGCCCGACAGUAUGUCACAUUUCAGUGACUUCAAGACCAUAAUUGGUAACGAUGUGCUGCAGUGCGGUCUCGUGAGCCGUAGUCGUAACUACCAUUGGGUGCACAUCGUAGGCACUCCUUUUGACGUGGUGGAAUGGACCCCACACGACCCACUCGAUCAGGGUGUAGGCGCGCCUCUGGUGCUUUCAGGCGAACUGCCUAAAGAACCCGUCACUUCUGCCAGUUUUGACGGUCUGAUGUUCAACCGCCCUGUUGAUGUUUAUGAUGAGGUGCCAUGGCUGAACCAGUCUGAGCGCUGGGCGGUGGAUCUUCUGCGUGCGGUCCUUCGGUAUAAGUAUUCUGCGAACGACAUGAAAUACUUUCCCGUUGCUCAAGCUGAGAGCCCAUCCGCGCCGCUCCAUCAAAAUAAUGACGGAAAGGAGGUCCGUAAGGGCAAGGGUGAUGGGGUCAGGGUCAUGCGCUUUAUUAUGAACGAUGGUCCCCAGUAUACAGAUGAAGAUAACCGCGCAACAUGGAAGGAAAUAGUCGCUUACCGCCUGCCGAGCCCACACCUGCAUGUAUUCAACCUUGUGCCCCAUGCGCGACGUGUAUACCGCUCACUGGUGUUUACAUCAAACCAGCGUUGGUGCCUUCACAGUUUGCCCCCAAUCACUGGGCCGCGGCCACACGAUCAAUUACAUUUGCUAGCGUUUCAAGCGGGCGAGUUGGACCGACGUGUGCAAUGCGAAGGUUCCAUUGAAAUUCAUCGCUAUAACAGCGAACUUGGCAUGCGCGAAAUGUACGUUCCGGCCCAGUUGCUACAAGGCGUCUUGCCCAGUGUUUUGCUCGAGGUGUUUCUUUUCUGGCAGGAUGAGGAGGAUAAUAUUCGCGGUUACUCCACAGCUGACGCCCAAGACUACUGGUUCAACUACACGUUGUUUGUACGGCUACGCAGCGGCAAGGGUGUGGGCGCAAAGGGUGGUAUCCUGCAUAACUUCCGCGGGGGUGAAUGGGAGUGCGUCGUUACCCGACGCAAUAACACCCAGAAGUACUGUGCGAAUGCCAGAAAGCGGCCGCGGAGCCGAAGCACAGCCGCAAGUGAAGUCGACGGAAAGCACCAGAAACAACUGUCGCCACAAUGGGAAAAUGAGGAAGAGGCAGGGACGGCUGCCGCGGAACAGCAUAUUACGGACGCACAGGUGUCACUAAUGCACAGCAGCCUGACGUUUCUCACAGCCACCGCCUGUCGAACUCUCCUCCAGCGGACAAAGGGCGACAUCCAUAGUGCUAUUUCAUAUGCUCUUGACCCUGCCAAUCAGGAUGACGUUAUGCUGCUUGUGAGCACGGAGCAACGUAAAGAAAGUGAAAGUGAGGGCGAUGAGGAAGAGACGGAACAGCCGUGUAUAUCAAAAGAACGCCGACAUCGGGGACAUAGCGGGAACAAUGCGGGGGAAGAGCUUACGCUCCUCAACCUCACGCAGAGUGCGAGGCUCUUCCCUCUUCUGCACCUGCUUACAAGACUAGAAGAUUGCUCCCACAUUUUGUUAUGGGGCCGCGUUAACUCGAAGGACGGCUCCUCUCGGCGUUGCCAACGGGGACGAGAGGACCGGCGGAGAUGCGAGGAGAAUGAGGAGGAGGGCAUUGACAAGUGUUCUGUGGCUGAUGUCGUGUUGAUUGAGCUCCCACGGCUGUGUAUAACAUUCUACCCUCACGUUGACACCGCCACUGGGAGCCUCCGUUUGCACCUUGCCGACCACCCUGGCUGGUACAUUGCAGAGGCGACAGAUUAUAUUAGUGGCGUGCAAAACUUCCUUCCACAGCUUCAGGAGCCAUUUCAGCAAUACGUGACUCUUUGUAACAGCACAGCUGGCUUUGCUCUAAUGGUACCAAACCACGACUUCACUCCAAUGGUAGUGAGUGACGACCCUUUCAACAAGCUACUUCUAUUCGAUCGCUCAUCGUUGCGGUGGAAGGAGCGUGUUGCGUCAACUUUCUACCUUUACACGGUUCACCCCUGCAGGAGUUUCCUUGUACCACCCAGUCUCGCCGCGUCGCUUUAUUAUGUCGUACUGCAGUGCGCUACAGGCCAUUACGCGGCUGCCAUGCGCACUUUGGAGUCGUGCUAUACUGACAGUACAUUCACAACUGAAGAGUGUUUUAUGUUUACACUUAUGGGCAGAACGCUGGACGAUCAGCAUCCCGAUGCCCAUGCGGUACGACUCAAGCUGGCUCAUGCUGUAUUGUACGGUCCACAGAAACCCCAAUGGCCGUUACACACCGAAGUUGCUGCAUAUCUUCAGAAGAAGCGGCAUGUCUCUCGUGCGUGUCAGCUCACACGGGAAGAGUUAAUCGAUUUGAUGCGCCGCUGCAACAGAUCCUUGCCAAUUGUGCACGCGCAGUUGCAACUGUGGGCAGCCCUAGAGAAAGAGGAAGAGAAACUGCGGUUAUCGAAUGACACCGACGCUGACACUAACGUUGUUCCCUCCCCAGAGACGGUUGUGCGCUUGGACACGCCUCUUAUGCAUCGCUGCGGGCAGCCAUGGGAGCGUUUGUUAUUAUAUCAGUGGACACACAUUUCUUCUCAGAGGCCUCGGCGUAUAACUUAUAAGGUCCUGGACGAGAAGGCACUAGAAGAUGAAGAGCUGGUAAAGUUCAUAUGGAAGGAUACCCUUCUUUCAGACGAGGAGAGUGGGGGCAACAGCAGACUGGGGUUUUAUUUCUUGUACUCCCUUAAACAAGGCGGAACCGCGCAGCCUAAACUUGCUGGUGAGGAUGUGCGUGUAACUUUAUGCCAACUACUGACUCGUUGGUUUCACCUACGGCACUCCCGUUGGGGACGGGAGGAGCAACAAGAUGGCGAAGCAGAGUCGCGUCCGUCGUGGUGUGGGGCUGUGCUACAGUUGAUGGACAUUCACCCUGAGGCGGGAUGGCCGGCGCCACCAAACUCCAGGCAUUUACUUCACCGCAUGAAUAAUGGUGUGAGCGUGGUCGAAACCAGAGAAGUGGAUGAAUCAGAGUCGGUUGUGGCGCUGAUGGACAGACCGUCACCGGAGCUCGUGGAGUUUUACCGCAAGGUAGAACAGGUAGCGUGUAAUUUGCAUGGGAACAGCCAGGUCGUACAGCAGCGGCGUGGGGACCUACUACUUAGCAUAGCAGUAACCUCGGCGAGAAGAGUUGCUCACGUUCACAUGAGAGACCACCUGCAACCUCGUAUCGUCCCCUCUAACACUGCUAUGGAAUGCCUUCAGGUUUCAUUUGGCUCUUUACUAUCAGCAGUGCCGAAUGUAUCACGUGACGAUGGGGUGGGUAAGGAUGCGGAGGAGGAGCAUGAUAAGUUGAUGAGUGCCGGCAACCCGUGGUAUCGACGGCUGACGGCUCUCUUUGGCGCCCCACUUAGUGAUAUGCCCUGCAGUGCCCAUUUAAUUUGUACCGAACAGCUGACGCACGAAGAUGACCCCGGCGACGGACGUUGUGGCGAUUGCUUACCCCAGCUUCCUUUCGAUCUUCGUAAGCUCCCACGGUGCAACACCCCUUUGGCAAAGAACAUGCUCGAUCGUCUUGAGGCCGAUGUUGGUAAUUUUGCAAUGAAGCAGCGCCAGUGCUUGUCAAGAACCCUAACUGCGUUCUCGCAGGAGAGACUAUACGCCAUUUUGCGCAGUCGCUCCACAAUCUUUGCUACCCGUCAAGUUUACGCGGAGGUGACUUGUGAGCUUCAACGGUGCAUUGAUGAGCUGUCCGCGUUGGCUGCUAGUGACGAAGCGCUCGUGCAUGAACUCACUGCUUCUAUACUACACUCCGCCAACGACGUGUGUAGAUCUGACUGUGCAGACGAGGAUGCACCUGGUGACGAAGAGGAUUUGCUCCGUGCGUGCGAUUACCAGCUACAGCGUAUAAAGGGUGACCAGUGCCCAGUCCCCUUAGAGUGGUUGCUCUGUUCGCUAUUAAGUACUGAAAUGGAUGCUGAUCUGCAAGCGGUCAACCCAUUUCAUGGCGGCACGAAACUGUUGCAGGCGCAGUUACUUCUCCUCACGGUGCUGACCAAUCGUUGUCAUAUUGCGCAACAAGCGAAGCAAGCGGUCAGACAAGUGGUGCUGUUCCUCGAACUCUGCGCGCUGCUCAGAGGCAUGGACGACGGGUGCAAGUAUGAGGCUUCAGCAACAAGGUCUUUCCCAGUAUCGCAUUGCGGUGAUGACAUGGGAGUGAUGGAGUGUCACGACGCUUCAAUAUCGUGGUUGCAGGAGUUGCUGCAACUUUUUUCUAUCGGGGUGGAUGUUGACAUGUUGUUUAAGGGUGAAGGUCAGUCCACAGAUGGCAACCUCCAGCUCAACAAAGGCAGCAACACCAGCAGUCACAAUGGUUUGUGUUGCCGCUGCCUGCCUGAAGAUUUGCUGCAGGUGCUAGAGAGCCGUCUGCAGCAUCUAUCGAAUGAAGUUAUCGAAGCGCUGACAGUGAGGCGCUACUGCACUGAUCUUUCGUGCGAUGGUUGUGGUGACUCCUCCACUGUUGUGACACUCGACCCGCGAUACCUAAUGUUUGAGUUCAUUCACAACAUUUUGCUUCGAGCACGACAGGUGGAGAUGGUGCGUUGGUUUGUACAGAACAUUAAUGCUGGGGUGUCACGGGUUCAGCAGAUGAUUAUGGGCCAAGGGAAAACCACAGUCGUUGGUCCCCUGCUUGCUCUGAUUCUUGCUGAUGGACAGCAGCUUGUCACGCAGGUUAUGCCAACGGCGCUGCUAGAGCAAACCAGCGUUAUUCUUCGACGGUGUUUUAGCGUAGUAAUACCUAAACAGAUUUACACUCUGAAGUUUGACCGCUCCUUCGAUGACAGUGAUAGCAGCCAAGUGAACUUGCUGAAGCAGAAGCUCACGGCAGCUACCCGAAAGCGAGGCAUUCUCAUUUCUGCUCCAGAGUGUGUCAAAUCGGUAUUUUUAAAGAUGAUUGAGCAACUCCACUUGGUUGAAUCUGUAAUGACAGAGUAUAUCGAUGCAGAAGAUGGGAAAGUGGCCGCGUGCGAUACGGCCGAUGAGCGUGUCGCCGUCCGAAAACAGGAGCUUAUGCACCGUACAAGACAACGUUCCUCCAUGGCUGAUGCUAUCGUUCCCAUCCUGCAGCUGUGGCAACGUGGGGUUCUUAUAAUGGAUGAGGUGGACGUUCUUCUUCACCCACUCCGGUCGGAACUUAACUUUCCCAUUGGUUUAAAGCACCCCAUUGAACUUAGUGGCCCACGCUGGGUUCUUCCCAUGCAUUUACUUGACGCCAUAUUUUUUUACCAGAGAAGACGUACAACGACUGCGGACGGAGACGCGCAUGGGGCCUUCGGGGACGGACACGUCAAGGCAACCGCCAUCAGGUUAGAGGGUCAUCCUGCAGGUGUAGGGGAGGACGUGCAAAAUGAAAUUCUUGGCCGCAUUUGUGAUGUUAUUGCUAUGGGUUAUGAGACUCGAGCACUGCAGAGGGAACCGCAUCUUGUGCUUCUUGAUAGUCUAUAUUACAAUGAUCAACUCCUUCCCGCGUUGCUCCCUUGGGCGCAACUGUGGUUAUACAGACAUUUUCAACUCGAGAAGCAUGCUUGUUUGCUGGGUCACGCUACGGGGCUCGCUGCGUCGUUAGGAUGGCGCCAGUUCUUGGAGAUUACAACAUUGUUUUUAAAGUUGAGGGAGCGACCUUCAAGGGACAGUUCAAUUGCAUGCGUCAUUAACUCCACAUUCAGCCCAUUGGGCAUACAACUACUUUGCCUCUCACACGACUGGCUUCAUCGUAUCAUGCCGCAUGUGCUCUCGAAGAUCGACCGUGUGGGCUUCGGUCUGCUCCAGGAGCGGGAAUUGGCGUUACUGUCAUCAGAAGCACGUGACCGAAUGCCGCUUAGCCGACGGACGAUGGCCGUGCCAUUCGUCGCCAAAGAUGUCCCAAGCCUUAGCUCCGAGUUUGCCCACCCCGACGUAGUGAUUGGAUUGACAGUAUUGGCAUAUCGUUACGAGGGCAUGCGCUUUGCUGACAUGAGGGAUUUGCUGUUGCAACUAAAACAGGACUUCGUCCGGCAGUCCGGGCCCGAGGAUCACCGGCCGGCGGCAAAACUGUAUACGCAAUGGUUGCGGCUCAGUCUGAGUUGCUCUGCUGAAACCGAGCCGACCUCACACGGGGGAGGAAUACUGCCUCGAGUAGUGCCGUCUGAAAUCACAACCAUGGGAACUACAUGUGUUGAAGCCACGAAUGAUCGAUCUGGUAUUCCCCUAUCUCAGCUUCAGGUAACAGAUGAGGUAGCACUUCAUGCAUUGUACCUGCGUUUACGACGUCUGCCGGAUGUGAUUCACUACUACCUUUCUUCACACAUAUUCCCGAGAACUAUGAGCUUUCAAGCGUUGAAGAUAAGUGCCUGUGGGCAUGAGCUUGGUUCCUCCAUGCUAUUCACCCGCCGCAUUGGUUUCAGCGGAACACCUAGCAACUUACUGCCGCUUGAUCUCGGUGAUUGUUUCUAUGAACCUGGGAGCGAUGGACGCGUGUUGUCUGUUUUAACAAAUCCCCAAGUGGUAACGGUAUUACCGUUGCAAUCAGAUUGGACACCACUUCGACUGCUCGACCAAAUUGCGUCUUCGCGGAGUCAGCCUUUCCAUGCACUUAUCGAUGCUGGAGCACUAAUAACGAACAUGGACAAUGAGACUGUUGCCCGUUACUUGCUUAGCCGACUGUCAGCUGAUCUUUUUGACGGUGUUGUUUUUCUGGAUGCAAAGGACCGCCAGAUGAUUUUACAACGCAGCAAUGGUUUGUUAGUUCCUGUGGCGCAGUCUGGCAUCGCGUUGAACCGCCGUUUUACAUUCUUCGACCAGGUUCAUACAACAGGAACGGAUAUUAAGCAAGCGGCAACCGCAACAGCAGUGCUAACAUUGGGAAAAGACCUUGUUUUCCGUGAUUAUGCACAAGGGGCGUACCGCAUGCGCGGUAUUGGGAGGGGACAACGCCUGUGCCUUUUCGUCAUUCCUGAGGUACUUACUCGUCUUAACAACUCACUUGGUUCUGUGCAGACGGGGGACUUACUUCUGGAUAUACCUGCGUGGCUGUUGUUGAACUCUGUGAGAAUGGAGGGACUUCAAUUUAUUAAGCUGACCACGCAAGAGAUUGCUAACGUGUGGAGGAAAAAGGCCCUGAAGUAUUUGGUCACAGACGCAAUUCACGCCGAUGCCCAUCCUGAUGCGCACACCGAGGCCGGUCGCUGCUACAGAUUCGACUCGCGAACCCGGAACCUACGCCCUCAAGAAUUUUUGUCCAGUGAUUCUGGUGCGUGUGGAGGUGUUUCGCUGCCUGAUGGCCCGUUGCUGCGCUCGUCUAUUCGCGAGUUCCGCGAACCUGUAGAUUUCCCGGUUGAUUCCACGGUUGACACGGCGGUUCCAUUUCUUCAGCGGUUGAAGCAACAAAUGAACGAGAGGCCACAGGAGCUUAUUCGCGCCGAAGCUGGCGUUCCUUCGGACGGCUGCGACCCGCAGCGGGUGCUUACGGAGCUGAUGGAACGGUUGGAAUUAUCACUUACUUUACGCGCUGACGGCGCAAAUGUGGCAGUGCAGGAUAUGGUCGGACAUCUGAUGAAUUUCGACUCAGAGGUUGUGCACGAGCAGGAGGCAGAGGAGGAGCAGGAACAGGAGGCGGAGCAGGAGGAGCAGCGCGUUUCCGUCGCCUCACGUGACGAUGAGUUUCAAAUACCGUGGCGGGUGCAGACGCUACAGGCGUAUGGUAAUCUCACAAACGAAGAACUUGGGAAUGUUGGUUCAAAACUGGUAGUUAAAGGUGGGUGUUUCUAUUCCAUGCAACGGUUUCGACUAAGACCUGAACAGCCGGCAAUUAUGGUGGAUUGGAAGGUACAACUAAGUGACAAUUACUUUCGUGAGGAGUGGCAUGGAGUUGGGGAGCGACGGUUGAAGAACGCCUUUUUGUUUUUAGAGUGGUCGCCAUCCGACACGGCGCAAUCUGAUGUUUCCACCGGCGCUGGUGGCUGUGAGUCUGGCGGCAGUACUCUUGUCCCACUGCAACGUGUUCACUGCGGACUUGUCACGCUAGCUGAGGGGGAAUCAUUGAGGUGGAUGAUGCACCACCCUUCACGACACUCCGGUAGCGUUCGUAUGGCGCUUCGUAUGGUAAGCAACGGAUGUUACAUGGACGCCUCUGCAGCCUUUGCUGAAGUUUUCCCAUAUUUAACAGCACAGCAGGAAGGGAAUCGAUGGGAGUUAUUGAAUGUUCCUCCGUCAGCUCCUCAUAUGAAUUCCCAACAGCGUUGUGUGGGAGUGCUUGAAACUCCAAGCGCAGAGAGGGAUGGGGCUGCGUUGCUUUAUCGUUUUUUCAACAACGACAUGUUUUUCUCUGUGGAAGAGCUGGCAGUGCUUGGGGUGAUGCUAAAAGAUGUGACGCAUGUGGACCGUCUUCGCUUCUUCACUGACUGUCUGCGAGCUCGCCGGAGGCAUCGUAAUCAUUGGGAUGACACACCGGUCGCCGUAUUGUUUGUUCCUCCGGGAGAACAGAUGAACGCACGGCUCCUUGCCAUUCUUUCCAUCAUGCAGGUUCGGUUUGAGGAGCUUCAAAGUAGGCUGUGCAACGUACCGCCACCUCCGCAGUUGGUUGAUCAGCUGCAAUCUUUUCAUACGCGUCUGAAUCGUCUCCACUUGGAACAUGUGGUCGAUCAUCACCAUCAUCGUGAGCGCGUGCAGCCGCGGGACACUGAGAACGUAUUAUCUGUUUCAGCUAUUGCACGUGUUCUUUUCGAUGUUUUUUCGGGGAUACUGAAACCUUACAACUUGAACGAUGUAUUACAAGCGCUGCAGUACUUUGUGCACAGGAAGGGGUCGACUGUGGUUCUAACUGAAAAGUUACACAACACCACCGUAGAUGCUGCUGCAGCUGAAUCGCCCUUCGUGCGUUGCGUAACGGAAGCAUUUCCUGUGCUGAAUUUGGAGUUUCUCGACCGGUGCCUUGUAGCUUUGUGUGCACACAACCCUGCCGUUGAGGGGCCGUGGCACUGCUCUGCCUGUACCCUCUUGAAUGAUCCUACCGUCAAGCGCUGUCUUGCCUGCAACACUGCUCGAGCCACCGACACUGCUGGCGCUACAGGAGGCAUCAGUAGCGAUGAUCCUCAUGGUAAUGAAAGUCAUGGUGGCGAGGCGGAAGAGUCGUGGGCCUGCCAACAGUGCACUUUCAUCAACGAGUCCCGCCGUUCGCCGCUGUGUGCCGUUUGUCUCGGUCCAAACCCCAAUCCGCUGCCGCAAUCGCAACCGGUGCACUCAUCGGGGGACUUCAUGGGGGCUGACGCGGGGAAUGUGCGUGGCUGUCCUGAGGGAUAUUGGGCCUGUUUGGUGGAACAGGGAGGCUGCAGUAAAUUUAAUCCUAACACCGUGUUUUACUGUCAGGUGUGUGACAAGGCGCGUCCUGGAUUGGCCACCCUCCGUUUCUAA